CGCAAAAUCCGCAACAAACACCAGCAAAAAAUUAAAAAGCUUCACUCACUCGGGCUGCAUACACCCUUGUUUCAAACAGAUGCUUCAAGGUGCGACGCGAGCUUUGAAAAGCAAAGCCCCAACCCAUCAUAUUCCCCACUCCAAUGGAACAAUGCACAGGGAAUGGUUCCAGUCUUCCAAAUCGUUUCUCUCCAAAAACAUUGCCCCCUUGUCGACAACUCAACCAUGUCCACAUAAACAACAAGACGUGGUCCCAACGAGCAAACAAUCAACAACAAGAAAGGCAAAAUGAAGUGUUUCUCAACUAUUUUAGAGGUCCUCAACUCUCAUGCCGUGGACGCCUCUGAAAAGGUCAUCUUCACAUGGGUGGAUAUCCAUUGUGAAGAGCAACAAACUGUGACGUUCAAGCAGCUGGAAGACCAAUCCAAUGCUGUGGCGGCUCGUCUUCUCAAGCAGGGAUGCCAAAAGGGAGACCGUGUCAUGAUUGCCUAUCCGUUUGGUCUUGAGUUCUUAGCUGGAAUGUUUGGAGCCAUGAAGAUCGGAGUCAUUCCCUGCUCCAUCUAUCCACCCAACCCCAAUCAGCUCAAAACAGAAAUGCCCAAGUUCCGAAGAUUUGCUGAGGAUGCUGGAGCGAAGUAUGCUCUCUCAACUAACAUGUUUGCUGCUGGCAUGACUGCUGCUAGUGUCCUUUACAAGACUGGUGUCGCUUGGAUUGGGACCGACAAGCUAACAAUCAGAAAAUGCAACCCAAACAAACCCAAAGAUUAUGAGACCUAUGUGGGAGAGCCAAAUAAAAUUUGCUUCAUCCAAUACACCUCGGGCAGCACAGGACGACCCAAAGGAGUCAUGGUCAGCCACCACAACUUGGUCGAAAAUUGCAGGGCUGGUGUUGCCUUUACCAAACCAGACGCCAAUUCUUUGCAAGCCUAUUGGGUCCCUCAAUACCAUGAUAUGGGACUUGUUGCUGGCUUUAUGUCUUCCCUGUAUUCUGGUGUCCCCCUUGUGGUAGCAUCCCCACUUGACUUUGUUGUUAGACCUCUUUUGUGGGCUGACAUGAUUGAGAAUUUCCAUGCCACGCAUACGUGUGCCCCUAACUUUGCUUAUGCCUUGCUCCUCAAACGGUUGGAGCAGGCCAAAAGGGUCGCGGAUUGGAGUUCUAUAGAGUGUGCAAUGUUUGGUGCAGAGCCUGCUCAGAGCCAUGUGAUGGAUGCAGUUUCAAAGACACUCUGCAUCAAGCGUGAGAAUGUAUGCAACACGUAUGGCCUUGCUGAGGCUGUUGUGUUUCUCACUGGUGGCUCUGCCUGCCCUGAUGCUGAGGGGCUUGUCUGCUGUGGAGAAGUAGACUCUCCAACCCUCAAACUUCGAAUUAUCCAGGAUGGAAAGGAAGUUGAGCAUGGAGAGGUUGGAAGUAUCUGGGCCCAGUCACCCCGUGUAGCAGCUGGGUACUUUGGCCAGCCUGAGCUGACAACUGCAACUUUUGCCAAUAAGCUACCUGGUUAUGACGGGACCUGGUUAGAUACUGGAGAUUUGGGCAAGGUUGUUAAUGGGCAGCUCUAUGUCACUGGGAGGGUCAAAGAUGUCAUCAUUAUAAAUGGGAAAAACUACUACCCAACUGAUGCGGAGCUCUCCAUUGAUGCAGCCUUUGGCGACAUCAUCCGUCCUGGACGCACUGCAGCUUUCCAGUAUGGUGAUGCCAGUAUUGGCAUCACAGUGGAGGCUCGAAAAGGUUUUGACAAGUCAGCAAACAAAGAAUUGGCGAUUCAAUUAUCCAACCAUGUAUCUCAGGUUCAUGGACUGUUUGUGGCAGAAGCUGUGGUUCUCAAGCUAGGUGUGACCCCAAAGACCACAUCUGGCAAGCUGAAGAGGAACGAGAUCAGGCAGACAACUAUAGCUGGUGACUGGAAGGAGUCUUCCAAGUUGCUGCAGCUCAAGCGACUUUGCAACAAUUUUCCAACAGUGGCUGGCGAUGAUGCUGAUCACAACGCAACACUUUGUGAUAUGACUGUGAUCCAAACCCACAAAACAAGUGCCCUAGUUGGAAGAAAUCACGAAGCCCAAGCAAGCACACCAGAAACCAAUGAUGGCUCCUCAGUAAGAGAACCUACCGGUACAAAUCCAGCUUGUUUCUCCACCAAAUAUGCCAACACCAUUGAAGCUGUCUUUGGUUACAAAGCAGACCCAUCAAAAUCAUGGGCUGAAAAUGGACUCACAUCUCUCAAGAGUGCUGAGCUUAGGAACAAAGUAGAAGAAGUAUUGCAUGUGGUCCUUCCAGUAAACUUUGAGCAACUCUACGCAACACCUCAAGCACUCUCAGUCUUCUUGGAAGCAUCAGAGGGCAAGAGUUUUCCUGUAGAAGAGGCUUGCCAUGACUCUGAUUUUGUUUUGGACUCAUCAAGGUCCAGGCUCAGCAAGCUACAGCUUGGAAUGUUGCAAACUCUGGGAUCAGUGUUGAUUCUUCUGCUCUUUUUCAUUUCCAUCAUUCCGGCAUACUUCCUUGUCUCCUGGGUGAUGAACCAUUGUGAAUCAGCUAAAGUUGGGGAGUGUAACACACCAGUCCUUUGGCUUCUGUUACCUCUGUCCUUUCCCCUCUACCUUUUCUCUUUUUCCAUCAUUGUGGUCUUCUGCAAGUAUGCAGUCAAUGGAACAUAUGUGCAGAGGCAUAUUGAAGUCUUGUCUUGGGGCUACCUUCAGUGGUGGUUUAUUGACAGACUUCUGGAAGUUUGGGAGCAUUUUGUAGGGUGGUUUAUUGUGGAGACGAAAUUCAUUUGGAUCUUCUACUGGCUUCUUGGAGCAGACCUGGCAUGGAGCACCAGGAUUGGAUCCUUUAUCCGAGAAUUUGAUCUUGUGAGCCUUGGGGACAACUCUGUCAUCAGCCACCCUAUAAAGUGCAGGAAAUUCUCUCAAUCAACAGACACAGGUCCAACAGUUACCUUCCGACCAAUUGUUGUUGGGAAGAGCUGCCAAGUGUCUGGGAUGGUCAGUCUUGGUGCUUCCAUUGGUGAUGGCAGCAAGGUGGAGAAACUGUCUGUUGUUGAUGAAGGGGCUCAAGUGCCAGAUGGAGUACUUGCCAGAGGCAAUCCAGCAUGCCAUGCUGGCUCAUUUGAGCCUUCAGAAUCACGGUACUGGGAAGAGAAUCUGCUGGAUGUCAUCAAGAUUGAUUGGCUUCUCCUUGAAGCAUAUCACUACUUUGCCCUUUCCUUCCUUGUGCAUACCAUGCUACACAACACCUUGCCCUCUUGGCGCUAUGCUACCAUCCUCCAUUGGUUCCUGCUUUUUCCACUCUCCUCCUUCCUUGCUAUCCUCACAAGCAUAGCACUCAAAUGGCUUCUAAUUGGGAAACGUGAUCCAUCUGAUGAAUUUGAAGAUUCACUGUAUCGCCGGGCAACCAACUGGGCCUGCGACUUCCACUUCCGUGUAGCUGCCUGGCCCAUCACCCCACUAAUUGGCCACUCAAAACUAUGGAACAUCGUUCUUUUCCUUCAUGGUCUUGAUGUUGACUUGCGAUCAGAACUUAAUUUCACCCCAUUCACCAAGUUCUCUCCUUCAACGGUGGACUUCGUGAAGAUCAGGAAGUCCUUUGUGGCCACCAUCACAUUUGAUUUUGAUGGUAAAGUGGGUUCCAAAAUUGAGAUCAUCAACAGUAGUGUUGGCUACCACGUUAAUCUUCACUCGGGUGUCAAGAUCAUGCGAUCAAUGAUUCCACCAAGGACGGAUCUGUCUGACAGCAUCUAUGAUCUGAACCAUGCAAGACCAAAAUUGAAUUCAUCCCCACUCAUGAACAUCUUCCUCCCAGAACUAUCACAACUAGUUCUCAACAUGGUUCUCUUUGCAAGUCUCAUACCUUCCUAUGAGAUUGUCCAUCAUGCCACCCAAACUUCCUCAACUUGGAUUGCUGCAGGUUGCUUUGUUACAGCUCUUUUCGCGCUGCUUUGUGUGUGGAUUCUUUCUACAAGGACUGUUGAAUGGAUGAUGCUGAGCCUUCCGAGAAAUGUUCAAGUAUCUUUGUUUGGAGUCUACAUCAACCACGUGUGGUUAUUCCGUAUUCGAAACUUGCUAGAACUGCUGAUUUGUGGUACUCCCAUGUUUCCCUAUUAUGCUCAAUUCAUGGGAGCCAAGGUGGAUGAUGAUCUCUGGUACUUUGGCCAUGCAAUCUAUGAAUAUCGAAAACUGCACUUCAAGGGAAGCACAGUUGUGGACAGCUCUAGUCUGAAUGGUCACUACAUUGAUGGAAAUGGGCUCAUGAUUAAGGACACCUAUGUGUCUGGUGUUGUUCAUCCAGGGUGCUUCGCUGUAGCUGGAUCAGUGACGCCUGGGAAGGAGAAUGGCCCUGGGAAGGUAUUCUUGAGCAAUGUUGGUAUUGACCCUUAUGCAACAAGAGAAGAUCUCUCAACCAUGGGCACUGUCUAAUGGAAUCAAUUAUCUUUUUCUAGAAUGUUUGAUAUAUAGCCUCCUUUACCUCG